AUGGAUUAUGUGUAUAUUUUAGCACCUAUUGGGCUAGGUGUUAUUUUAACUUUGUGCAGCACUGGAUAUUGCAUUUAUAUUCAUUACUCUAAACGCAGGCUCGUUGAGCGCAUCAAAAAGGAGAUGCUUGCAAAAAUAAUCAAUGGUCCAGAUGCUAUUGUUUACAGCACUCACUGGCGUAGUAAUAUAAAAACGGGCAAAACAAACUCUGUUGUGAGUUGCCCUAAACCUCCAGGUCGUGUGGUCGGUAUUGGAGGAUCUCAAGUAGACAUAUACUCUCAUCCUAUACAAUCGCGGACUGAUGUCUUUGUCCAGAAAGUUGGGAGUGAGGUGUUUAGUUCGUUGACCAAUGAAAGGCCGCAGGUUUUGAACGUACCUUAUAGUGAUUAUAAACAUACCACACAUUAUGGCUCACCAAAGACCAAAAAUUACACCACAAGUAUGCCAAGUCACAGAGCCGUGGAAUCAGAUGGUAUAUACGUGAACUGUCCAUUUAAACCAUCUCAAAAACCUGAGUCCAGCAAACAUUAUAACACGAGAUACCAGUAA